AUGGCAGUUACGUCUCAGUCGUGGACUGAAAAUAUCAUCAUAGCGAGCUCGACGUCGCAACUUCUGCGGCCAGAGUUUCCGUUCGACGCAAGGCUCAGAAAUCCCGGCGUUACACAGGGCGAAUGGGGCUUAUUCACGACAGAAUUGGUUCAUUGUAUGCGUCUCGCUCGUGCAAGUCGGCACUCCGCCCUCGGUUCCGGGAUAUUGGUUGGGGCGACCUUAUCCGCCAUCGGGGGUCCCUUGGGGCCUCUGAUGGGGGUGUGUACUUGGCGAUUUGCCAGGCGAGCACUCGAGCAAGAGAAUGUCCUUCAAAACACACUUCUCGCGAGGGUGCUUGACAGUACACUGGAGCACUGGAACUCGGAGCUCUUCCUGUCCCACGGCCUCAUUGUGAGGCUGGAGUUUCCCGACGGCCGCAGGGCAACACAAGAGAGGGAUGAUGAUGAAUACCCGGAGUAUUUCGCGCGGCAAAAGAGCUCGUCUCGCUCUGAGAGCAGAAAAGUCACCAAGGAGUACGGACGGAAUUUGUACUGGGUCAGCGGUCUAGACAAACCGCGGCUGGUGCUGACGCACCUCGAUGCUGGCUGCGACCACCAAGAGCCACCUCCAGUGCUUUAA